CUCCAUCCCCUUUUCCCGCCGCUCCUCGCGCUACCGGAGCCGCCUCAGUGCGGGCGGCGCGGGCGGACCCGCUGGAUCAUGGCUGAGCAGCGGCAGGAUAAGGGGGCGUUGAUAAGCGAGACCCGGCGGCGUUUCGAGGCGGAGUACCUGCCAGAUAAAUCAGAUAAAUAUGAUUCUAGAGAUGUGGAAAGACUUCAGCAAGAUGAUAAAUGGGUUGAAAACUACUUAAUUUGGCGUCAUGAUGUUGUGGAUGAUACAUUAAAGAUGAUUGAUGAAAGCUUUCAAUGGAGGAAGGAAUACACAGUUAACGACUUGUCAGAAUCUGUCCUUCCAAAAUGGUUAUUUGAAAUUGGUGCUCUCUUUCUGCAUGGAUACGAUAAAGAGGGCUAUAAGUUAUUUUGGUUCAAAGUGAAACAUCAUACAAGAGAUCCUAAACAGCAACUUGAUAAAAAGAAACUGGUCGCUUUUUGGUUAGAACAUUAUGCCAAGAGAGAUCAUGGAAAGCCCUUGACAGUGGUAUUUGACAUGGCUGAAACUGGAAUCAGUCACAUAGACUUGGAUUUUGUCCGGUUUAUUGUCAACUGUUUUACAGAUUAUUACCCAAACUUCCUCACAAAGAUAGUAAUAUUUGAAAUGCCAUGGAUAAUGAACGCUGCUUUUAAAAUCGUGAAGGGCUGGCUUGGCCCAGAUGCAAUAAGUAUGUUAAAGUUCACAAACAAGAAUGAUGUGCAGGAAUACAUCAGUGGAGAGUAUCUGCCACCUCACAUGGGUGGAACUGAUUCUUUCAAGUACAGUUAUCCUCCAUUGGUUGAUGAUGAUUUUCAAACUCCUUUAUGUGAAAAUGGGCCCAUUACAAGUGAAGAUGAGCAUGAAAGUAAAGAAGAGAUAGAUGCAGACACCAAGGAGGCUGGGGAGCUGAAUGAAGCACAAAACCUUAAUCAGAAAAAGAUGAAUUCUGUAGAACAAAUUUCCAAAUCAGAGGAAACUGACAAAACAGAGGUCAAACCAAAAAAUGCAAAGAAAGCAUUAACCACUUUUAAAGGAUCUUUAUUACAUAUCAGCCCAGCAGAAGAGCUAUACUUUGGAUCCAAAGAAACUGGAGAGAAAAAAUGUUUGAUAGUUCUCACAAAUGUCACUAAAAAUGUAGUGGCUUUUAAAGUGAGAACAACUGCACCUGAAAAAUACAGGGUUAAACCCAGUAACAGCAGCUGUGAACCUGGCACAUCAUUAGAUAUAAUAGUUUCUCUUCAUGGUGGUUUUGCAGCUUCUUUGCAGGAUCGUUUCCUUAUAAUGGCAGCAGAAAUGGACCAGUCUUCUGGAGCAGGUGUGCCAGAACUGACUCAGUUUUGGAAAGAAGUCCCUAGGACCAAAGUGAUGGAACAUAGGCUCAGGUGUCAUGUCAUAGAAAGUAGUAAGCCCUCUUCUCUGACAUUAAAAGACAAUGCAUUUAAUAUUCCAGCAAAAACUAAUGAAGAUUUACAUAUACAGCUAACUCAUUUACUGCAGAUUAAUAAAAGACUUGAGGAGCAGAUGAAUCGCUGCCUCUGGUUCCAGCAGCUGUCAGUUGUUUUAUCACUGCUAUCAGUUACUGUUGCUGCCUUCUGCUUCUACCUGGCUUAUGCCCAGAGAAGCUAAAAAGAAUUGCUGUGCCCUGGAUGUGCUGCUGCCUAUCAUGGCUCGUUGGAGUCAAAAAGAUUGCAGUGCUGCACUUGGAUUCUGGAACUGCCAAAAUGAGGUUUGUGAGCCUACAGCAAUGAACAAGGAACAGUUUACUGGGGAAAAAAAAAAGAUCAAAGAAACGAAUGACCAGCAAAAAAAAUUACUGAAAUUACUGUCUAAGUUGAACAAUAGGGCAUGAGGAAGAUGUUAAAGCUAGGACCUAUUUUCACUGUAUAACUCAAUAAAAACUACUGAACUGGAAGGAGGAAACCAAAUACAACAUUAUUUAAGACUGUUGUGCUUUUUUUUUCUCUACUCAACUACUUCAAAUACAAUAUUUCAUUUAUUUUCAUCAUAUUCAUUCUUACAUUCUGAAUCACUCCCAUAGAAGAUGCAAGAAGUUAACUUAGUAUUCCAAGGUUAAUCUGUUCAUCCAGGAAAAUUUACAGAAAUUAUGUAGUACAGGUGAAUUUUUUUAUAUAAUCAGUGUAUGUACAUACACAUAAAGGAAGAUCUAUGUUGUUAGUAAUUAUUUUGAUAAUUCAGACUCAUUGCUCUCAUUGGUUAAAUUCCUUAUUUUUCUGCUUCUUCUAAAGGAAAAGUUAGUGCAAACAUUUCUUACCGAGUGACAUACGCACAAGACAAGACACUAUUCCUAUUCUCUUUUUUUCUUUUUUUUUUUUUUUU